AUGGCACCCGUCCACAGCCGUCACCCCACCUCCUCCUCAGCCUCCAGCCGCCUCGGCUCCGCCCAGGUUCCCACCACCCCCAUCACUCCCGUCACCCCCACCAACACCUCCGUCACCUCCCCCCCCGCGUCCUCCCCCGCUACCGCCGCCGGGACCCCCAACGCCUCGCAGCCCAUCCAGCUGAGGGACCUGCAGAGCAUCCUGGCCACCAUGAACGUCCCCUCGGGGGGGCAGGGAGUGGAUCUGUCCAGCGUGCUCACCCCGGAGGUCAUGGCUCCCAUCCUGUCUCACCCCGAGGUGCAGCAGCGUCUCUCUCCCUUCCUCCCCUCCGGAGAGUCUCUCCCUCAGAGCAGCGAGGAGCUGAACAACACUCUCAGCUCGCCUCAGUUCCAGCAGGCGAUGAAUAUGUUCAGCAGUGCGCUGGCCUCAGGUCAGUUAGGUCCUCUGAUGAAUCAGUUUGGUCUCCCUGCAGAAGCCGUGGACGCCGCCAACAAAGGAGGUGACUUGAAUCGAGAACAGCUUCGCAGCAUAGUUACUGCACUAUAUGUCAAAAACAGUAUCGUUAGCAUGUGUAUGUAAAUGUAUGUACAUAAAACAGAUUAAAGUACAGGUCUAUAAAACAG